UUGUCAGCCAUUUCCUAGACGGGUUCCGCCGACAGUCGACUGUUUUGCAGCGAGCAGGAGGACGCGACCUGGCCGGUCUCGCCUGUCAUCUCCCCGUGUUGGAUCGGGAAAACUCCGCGGUGCUCCGCUCGGGCUCCUCGGGUGGAUGAGAGCCUGUCCAGCGGUCUGAGAGUGCAGAGAACAGCCGCUUGGUCUCCCCGGCAGCAGCAGCAGCAGCCGCAGCCAUGGCUCUGAAGAUCGUUAAAGGCAGCAUCGAUCGGAUGUUCGACAAAAACCUGCAAGACUUAGUACGUGGCAUUAGGAACCACAAGGAGGAUGAGGCCAAAUACAUCUCCACGUGCAUCGAUGAGAUCAAGCAGGAGCUCAAGCAGGACAACAUUGCUGUCAAAGCCAAUGCAGUCUGCAAACUCACCUACUUGCAGAUGCUGGGUUAUGAUGUCAGUUGGGCUGCGUUCAACAUCGUGGAGGUGAUGAGCUCAUCCAAAUUCACAUACAAGCGAAUUGGCUACCUGGCUGCCUCACAGUGCUUUCAUGAAGGCACUGAUGUCAUCAUGCUGACGACCAAUCAGAUCCGCAAGGAUCUCAGUAGUCCAAAUCAGUAUGAUACAGGUGUGGCCCUGACUGGCCUUUCCUGCUUUGUGACCCCUGACCUGGCUCGUGACCUGGCCAACGACAUUAUGACAUUGAUGUCCCACACUAAGCCGUACAUCAGGAAGAAAGCCGUGCUUAUCAUGUAUAAAGUGUUCUUGAAGUACCCAGAGUCCCUGCGCCCAGCCUUCCCCCGCCUCAAAGAGAAACUGGAGGAUCCUGACCCAGGUGUGCAGUCAGCAGCUGUUAAUGUCAUCUGUGAGCUGGCCAGAAGGAACCCCAAAAACUACCUGUCCCUGGCCCCCCUCUUUUUCAAGCUUAUGACCUCAUCUACCAACAACUGGGUCCUCAUCAAGAUCAUCAAGCUGUUCGGUGCCCUAACCCCUCUGGAGCCUCGACUAGGAAAGAAGCUGAUUGAGCCCUUAACAAACCUCAUUCACAGUACCUCAGCUAUGUCACUCCUGUACGAAUGUGUCAACACAGUGAUAGCAGUGUUGAUUUCUCUGUCCUCGGGGAUGCCCAACCACAGUGCUAGUAUUCAGCUCUGUGUGCAGAAACUACGAAUCCUGAUUGAAGACUCGGACCAGAAUUUGAAAUACUUGGGUCUGCUGGCCAUGUCCAAGAUCCUGAAGACACAUCCGAAAUCAGUGCAGUCUCACAAGGACCUAAUCCUGCAGUGUCUGGACGACAAAGAUGAGUCCAUUCGGCUUAGGGCUCUGGACCUGCUUUAUGGCAUGGUCUCUAAGAAGAACCUUAUGGAGAUUGUGAAGAAGUUGAUGUUGCACGUUGACAAGGCUGAAGGCACCACAUACAGGGAUGAGCUGCUCACCAAAAUCAUCGACAUCUGCAGCCAGAGCAACUAUCAGUACAUCACCAAUUUUGAGUGGUACAUCAGCAUUCUGGUGGAGUUAACUCGACUGGAAGGUACACGGCAUGGUCACCUAAUCGCCUCUCAAAUGCUGGAUGUGGCCAUUCGUGUCAAGGCUAUCCGAGCCUUUGCUGUGGCUCAGAUGGCCAUGUUGCUGGACAACGCUCACCUGCUCACAGGCAACAUGCAGCGCAACGGCAUCUGUGAGGUCCUUUAUGCUGCUGCCUGGAUCUGCGGAGAGUUCUCUGAGCACCUGGAGGAUCCAAACCAGACACUGGAGGCCAUGUUGAGGCCCAAAGUGGCCACGCUGCCGGGCCACAUUCAGGCUGUAUAUGUGCAGAAUGCUGCAAAGCUGUUUGCUACAGUGCUGAGGAAGCAUGAGGGGGCGACAGACAGCCAGGCUGCACAGGAGACCAGCCAACUUCUCGUAGAGAGACUGCCACUUUUUGUCCAGAGUGCUAACCUGGAAGUACAAGAGAGGGCGUCCUGUAUCCUGCAGCUUGUGAAAUACAUCCAGAAACUCCAGCAGAAGGAUGUGGAGGUGGCUGAAGAGGUGUCUGCACUGUUUGCAGGAGAGCUUAACCCUGUGGCCCCUAAGGCCCAGAAGAAAGUGCCUGUACCUGAAGGUCUGGACCUGGAUGCCUGGAUUAAUGAGCCUCCUUCGGAGAGUGAGUCUGAGGAUGAGAAGCCCAAAGCUGUGUUUGCUAAAGAGGAGACUAAACACUCUCGACCUCGUCACACUGAAGUAGAUGAGAAAGAGCUGGCAAGGAGGAGGGAAGCCAGGAAGCAGGAACAGGCCAACAACCCCUUCUAUAUCAAAUCCUCCCCAUCAUCUCAGAAGGUGUAUCAGGACGCACCAGGUGUAGAGCACAUUCCAGUGGUGCAGAUAGACCUCAGUGUACCUCUCAAAGUCCCAGGGAUGCCCAUGUCUGACCAGUACCUGAAGCUAGAGGAAGAGCGUCGACAGAAGGAGAAGGCUGAGAAGAAAAAGAAAGAGAAGAAGAAGAAGAGAGAGAAGCAUGGGAAAGGCAAGAAGCAUGACUCGGGCCCUGAGAGCGAAGAAGACAUUACACCUGCUCACCAUGUGGACAUAGUCACAGAGGAAAUGCCAGAGAAUGCCUUACCAAGUGAUGAUGAUGACAAAGACCCUAAUGAUCCACACAAAGCCCUGGACAUAGACUUGGACAAUCUGCUUUCUGGCACUAACUGCAGGCCCCUGGCAGACACAGAAAAGCUUCCAGUAAGGACACACCGCUCCGAGCCUCUAAAAAGCCCUGGGGAGGAUGGAGAUGUAGAGAGUGUCCCACAGGAGCCCAAGAAGAGGAGCAGCAAAGAAAAGAAAGAGAAGAAGAAGGACAAGGAUAAGGACAGGAAGAAAAGCAAAGAGGAGAAGAAGAAAAAGAAGAAACACAAACAUGACGCAGAGGAUGAGCCAGCAGAGCUUCCAGCAGAAGAACCAGUCAAAUCAGAAGAGACCAAUGAGGUGGCAACUCCACCUACCUCUACAUCUGCUGAGGCCUCCGAUCUGGAUUUCUGGCUCUCUAGCACUCCUGUUGCCCCAACCGCCAAGGAGGUAGCAGCCCCAGCCCCUGCCCCAGCUCCAGCUCCUGAAACGAGUUUAGCAGCAGCUCCAGAUUCUGAAGCAGAUGAGCCUAAAGAUGCAGAACCUGAGGAGGUGAAAUGCUCAAAACAUAAGAAGAAGAAGCAGAAGAAAGAGAAGGAAAAAGAGGAGAAGAAGGAGAAGAAGAAGAAGCGGCACCACCAUCACCACCACCACAGCGACGGAGGAGAGGAUUCUGUACAAAAUGGAACCAUGGAGGAGGAAGAGCCUCUGCCGCCGAUGUCAAACUACUGCCUGCUGGCUGAAAACUCGUACAUCAAAAUGGUGUAUGAUAUUCAGGGCAACUUGCAGGAUGGCAGCCAAGUGGUCGUGUCGGUCAUAUUUGAGAACAAAAGUGACAGCUUUCUCAAAUCCAUGGAGUUCAAUGUGCUGGACUCUCUAAACUCCAAACUGCAGCGACCAGAAGGAGCUGGACCCCAUGAUGGUCUUGUCGUACCCUUCCAGCUGCCACCAGGGGUAUCAAAUGAGGCCCGUUUCAUUUUCUCAGUGCAAAGCAUCGUCAUGCCUCAGAAACUGAAGGGUACCCUCACAUUCAUAGUCAAGUCGGAAGACUCCUCAACCCAUGAAAAACUGGACUUCAAACUGCACUUUACCUGCACAUCAUACCUAAUCACCACUCCCUGCUACAGUGACGCGUACGCCAAGCUGCUGGAGUCUGGCGACCUGAAGAGCAGCUCUCUGAGGCUGGAGGGAGUCAACAUGCCCUUCCACCACCUUUUGGCUAGGAUCUGCUUCCAUCAUCAUUUCUCUGUUGUGGAGAGGAUUGAUUCCUGCGCCUCCAUGUACAGCAGGUCAAUCCAGGGUCACCAUGUCUGUUUGCUGGUCAAAACUGCUGAUCAGACAGUCUCCAUUGACGCUAAAUGUGAUGAGCCGUCGCUGCUGGGGAACGUGCUGGAUGAGAUAAAGCAGACCUUCUCACAGUGCUGAUUGUGUCUGAGAGACCGAUGGUGCCCUCGCCCUCUCCCCAAACCCCUCCAACACUCAGAAUCAUAUCACAAACACUGAGGCUGGCUUCCCCCCUGCUACACGUCCCUCCUCCCUAUAUUUAUUGGAUCUCUCAUUCAAUUAGUCUUUUUCCUCUUUCUUGGGAUCACACAACUGAUGUGUUCAAGUUGUGUGGAUCCACACUCUCCUGCUUCACUGCAAAUGCACAUUCCUUUUGAUUUUUCUCCUAAACUACUUCUCCUGUAUCAGUGUCGGUCCAACAUUCAGUCCCACUAACCUCCCUAACCCCUUUCUGCUCUCCCAUUGUCUUAAUAGCUGACAUUCAUUUGAGAAACUGGAUUUAUUUUCUUCUUGUCAAUGAUGUUGGGUGACCUUCUUUUUUUUUUUUUUUUUUUUUUGGUAUCGUUUUGUUUGUUGCUUUCUUUCAUUCUCUCUGCGCCCCCCUCAACAACAUGAGCUUAGCGUCAGUUUGUGUGUGUGUGUGCGCGCGCGUGUGUGUGGUAUGUCUGUUUCUAUCUCUCUUACUCUCUUUCAACCCCUUGUGGAGAGCUUUCUGAACCUGAUUUCUCAGCUUCAUGACAGAAAUCCUGCCCAGCCCUCUUUCCAGCCUCCAACAGGCUAAAAUUUUAGUUUGACAAUGUCCCCCAAGUAGCUGUACUGCACGAGCCCUGCCACAUGGUUCCAAAUAUGUAACCUGGUAUACUUUUGGACUUGGAGAAAAUGGGCGAGUUCUGGGACCAAGUUCCGAACAGCUUGGACUUUGUAACCCAUGAAACUUAUGACAGAAUGAAGCAGAUACAACACACUCUACUGUGUCUGUUGGCCUUUUCCAUUGUUAUUGUAAAGCAUACAGCUUUACAAGUUUACUGCACACUAAAGGACUUUGAGGAGGUUUACUAUAAUGAACAGCAUAACUAACACUUACUGUCAGGGUCAUCAAGGUCAUUACUCCAGGUCUCUCGUCUCUGCUGGUUGUUAUAGCAUGAUUAACCAGUCUUUUUGAAGGCUCCACAUGAAGAUAUGAAGGAUUUCUAAUUCUGACAAAUCAGUGACCAAACCAAAAGUAUCAGUUGAACAUCAGCUUCAUUUUCUUCAGUCAGUAUUGUAGAAUGUGUUUCUUUGUCUCUCUCUGGAAAUUACUGUUUAUGGGAAGCUUAAUAUCCUUCCAAAAUGUGCUCUCCAUACGGUUGGUGUCACUUUUUCAUCAACUAAACAUACCUGGACAAAGGCCUGGCUCAUGCCUGUGUUUGUCUGUUCUUCUGCCUUGUUCAUUUGGCAAAUUGUGGUGAAUUUCAUCUUUUUCCUCGUUUUAUUUCCAAAUGCCUUUUUGUUUCCACACUACUGUACUUGUGCUAAUUGAGGAACCUGCUCUAAUGUAAUUUCUGUUUUUGUUUGCCUGGUCCAGCACGCUGUAGCACUCAGUUUUAACAACCAGCUGAAGUAGUAGUCCUCCUUUCUCAAAACUCUACAAGUAAGGUUUGUUGCUGAAGUGUUUAAUUAAACGGCAUUAGUCAAUAAUCAUGUGACUAGUGUAUAUGGUUUAAAUCAAGAUGCUUCUCAUGUAGUUGCAAAUACUGACCAUACCGGCCGUUCAUACAGAUGACCCAACAUAAUGCAGGUUUGCUGUUUUAUAAGGUAUGUCUACCUAAAGUCCACAGUUAUCAGUGGCCGUGUGAAUGCAACCUUCAGUCACCCGAAAGCUUCAGGUCAUCUAUAUGAACACAGGGUAAAUCGCAGGAGACUGGGAGAACCACCUGUAAUUACAAUACUGAAGAUAUUUUCUGUGCAGAGUUGAUUUAUAUCUUGCAUGAGUAGGAAUGUAUACUUUUUGUUACUUUGUCUAAUACAAGGACACAUGCAUACAAAAGCUCCCUACCAUUCCUUUAUUGUUGUAUUUUCUAGUUUUCUUUUAUAUAUAAAUAUAUACAGUAUAUUAAGUAAAAGUUGGCUUCUUCAUGCUACACUUUUGAUGGUAUAAUGUAUUUUUAUCUGUUCAGAGUACAUGCAAUUUAAAAAGAAAUGUCUUGGAAUGGUUUUUAAAAUUUACGUUUUGCAUUAAAUUAUAUCAUUAGAAGGGCGGGUUGGUGUUGAAGACUGGGAUGUUCAAAUGGAUGUGUGUUAACAGCAGCUUACGUGAAGCAGCCCAUCCAUCUCCUAAAGGAUUUCCCCCUGGCAAACUGUAGUGCAGAUCUUGCUGGAUUUUGCUUGUAUCAUUCAAUGUACUCUCAAUGCUCUUCAUUUGAAGGUACUGUCUGACUCCUUCACUAUGUAUUUUCUGACUGUAUGAUGUAAUAUAAUGUUUCAAGAAUAAAUGACUGAAGAGAAUGACCAAUAAUUUGCUAAGUUCCCUUUAAUUGAGAGGUUCACCCAAAAGAAUUAUGAGAAACUUAGGCUGCUGUAGUUUUCUUUUGUGUGUGAAGAUGAUGGUGUACCAAUAAAUUCCGACUUCUGAAUUAAGUGCA